CUGUACCGCAGGAACUCCAAAUGAAAACCUCAAACCGGAAAAAAUUGCAAUGACGGUGCAGUCUGACCAUACGGUGUCUACGGAGGAAGACCUUAUGAGGGUGGCACAUGGCCUAGUCGAUGAUGUUUUGACCUCCGCGCAAUCAAAUAAUCAUGUACGAGACGGAAGAAAUGAUGACGCUUCUGAAAUGCCAACGUGUGUUGAGGUUGAAGAAAAGGAAAACGGGGUGUCGCCUACGAAGCAAAGUGGAACGAAGCAUAUCACCGCUUCUGUCUUUUUCGAUACAAACACGCGACCCCUUUCUAAGCAGAACUCUCUAGAAGAGCGUGCUCCUCAGUUUACUUAUCACGAAUGCUCUUCUUCAACUAAUGUAUCCAUACCAGUAGCUUCUUCCGAUCCGCUGAAAGACCUCCAUAAUAACGUAUCAGGAGAUCCAUCGGUAGUUACCACAGCAUGUACGGAAAAGUAUUUAGCUCGUGUUCGAAAUCCUGGAGAUCCAUCGGUAGUUACCACAGCAUGUACGGAAAAGUAUUUAGCUCGUGUUCGAAAUCCUGGUGUAGGAGCAGUCUCGCCAAACACAUUAUGUAAUUCUCUUAAUCAAACAAGUACCUCGACCGUUAAUUACGGUGCAACAAACCCGCCGGAAAGCAGAACCCUCCACGCUAGCGAACAGAGGCGAGAUGUCUACUUACAGGACAUUCGACGGUCAAAAACAACUUUCCAACAACCAUAUUAUUCCAGCUCUUUUUAUGGUCAUUCUUUGCGUGGAAACCCAUUGGAACGGAAUCGGGGGCUGGAACUCCGGGACAGAAAACUGCGUCCUCUCAACACGGCUGCGCUUCCAACCUAUACACCAUCGCGUGUCUACCUUCUUAGUCUGCAACAAUCGAAACCGGAGUCGUAUUCACCUCCACCUAGAGUUUUUUCGCAAACCACAUUUCGCUCUGAAUACCGUAAAACUGAGGAGUGUUGGUCAUCACCAAGCCGACCAGUCCUAAAUGAGUUUGAUUCUAGACUAUCUUCACCGGUCACACAAGACACUUUCAGACUUGGGACCAAACGCAUACCCAAUAAAUCUGUGGUCAACCGUCACAUUCGAGAGCAAUCUGAAACUAAAAACAUAGGCGCAAAAUGCACAACGUGUGGGUUGGCCUGGUGGCAACCAUUAAAUGCACGGUCCUUGGGUUCUCCCUUACCGGAGCCUAGGCGUGAUGUGGUCAAUCGCAUGGCAAAUCAACAAGCAAUUCGAGAUCAGGUUAUUGCUAGGGCGAUUGCUAAGGCCGAAAAGGUCGCUAUAGCAGACAAGCACAGAAAGUUCCAGACGAUUCGUGAGCGGGUACGAGAAGCGAUACGAGAAGGCAAUAAAAGAAACGUCGACCCAAACAUGUGGGCAAAUAAUUUAAGGAGAAAUCGGUCUGUGACGGCCAGCAGACGUUUCAUGACCUCGCCUACUCCCCCACAGCGCGAUGUUCCUGAUGGGUCAGAAAGUGAGGAGUGGAAGGCUGGAACUCGAAGUAAACAAUCACCCGAUGAAGUUUCUCCUGCUCCACGUAAUUACGGAUGGCCUACUCCUCACUCAGAGCAGUUCUAUACAAGACUGACCCAGAACGGUAUCGAGGCAUCAAAGUCGCAGUCUCUCACACGACCUAAGGGGAAGACCAGAUCUCCUUCGCGGUGGAAGACGGAAAACAGCCGGUAUGGUGAACAUACCUUGAUGGACAGAAGUCACACAAAGGAGUCUAAAGUUCGGUCACGAAGAAAAGUUGUCAAAGAGACCAGCAAACCCUCAUCCACUGCGGAAAAACCCGAACUCCUGAGGAAAGCACAAAGUAGCAUAAAUUUUGGUGAAAGGUCGGAAAAAUUAUCUAGAUCUUCGGGCAAAAAGCCGCAUCCCACAGUUCUGGUUACAAAGCUCAGACAGCGCUGCCAGUCCAUUGGUCGCGAACUGGACCGCCUGGCAGAGUCCAGAAGGCAAGUUGAUCGUUUUGUUCCAACAGAUUCUGACGAAACGAUGGAAUCACUGACGGCCGCAAACCAGGCUCUGCAUGACCGUCUCAAUGAGUUGCAGGCAUUGCAGCUGGAGCGCGAGAAGACACUGAAGAAAGCCCGGGUUAUGGUGGAAGACCUGAUAACAGAGCAAACAGCGCACGCGGAAUCGAUUCGACACAAUGUACCAAGUGAUUCCCACGCUUCAUCCGACUCAUUGAGCCCUCUAGCAUACGAUCAGGAGAUUCCUUACAAGCCAAGAAAGUAUUGUUCCACAGAGAGGCGAAAAGACAGUGAAGUUUUAUUUCGGUCUCGUGGCCUAAGACAACCCAGCUAUGACAGGACAAAUGAACAAUAUAAAUCCUAUACCUAUGAUUUUGGGGAAGCUCAACGGUAUGAGCGAUCGGGAAAAAUUGGUGAGCGAGCCAACAGCACUCAAAGGAUUUUGGAGCGCUUGAGAGAAGACUUUGCCUACCUGUCGCGUAAUGUGACACAGAUUGAAGCAAAGGCGAGGGAUGCCGCACAAGCAGUUAAUAAGUUGAUGCAGCAGACCCGUUACCUGGAUGACGACCAGUGUAUUGGUCCUUCCGAAAAAUGUGAACACACGCUGAGGUGUCUUUCGUCACAAAUGGAUCUCAGUCCGCGAAUUUCAGACAGCUUCACGAGAUCCAGGACACUCCCGAGAAAUCUUGAUUCACUUAAACACACGCCGCUGCACGUGGAACAUCAAAGCCAAUACUGCAAAGGCAACAGACACCUGCCCUAUCGACCGCCAAUGGAUGAUAGCAUUGCCAAGUCUGGAAAUUUUCAAGCGUUUCGAACAUCUUCCCAUUAUUCCUGAUCCCCAGGACUCAUCGGACCUUAUUCCAGUCCUUGCCGACCAGUUUUUGACGAUUUACUGCACUAUGGAUCUCGUGGUUCCAAAAUUUUUGUGCCUCUUUCUAUCUCGCAAAAAUUGUUGUGAUUUAUGUAUAUCACUAGUUUUCCAAUCACG